AUGCCUUACAAUCAUCCUAGGAACAACCCCAGUGCAAUUCCAAAGGCGAUGUGGGAUUCUGGGCUAAAGGAAAUGAAUGAAACCUGGAAAGGAGUGAUUGCCUGCUUUGGAGUAGCGGUCUUCCUUUUGAUGACCAUUGGGAUUAUUUAUUGGCAAGUAGUGGAUCAGCCAAACACAAACUGGAUCCUGAGAAGUAGUGCCAGUGGUCUGAUUUGGGAUCGAAAAGAUCACAGUCUCAUCCUUCAGACUUUGAAAGAAGAAAGAACCUUGCUAAAGAUUCGCAUGGGAAGCUUCCCAGAGGUGGAGGUGCCUUUCAUAAAGAACAUAUGUUGGCAAAAUCAGUCUGAAUUCUGUUACACCUGGGAAGGUAUAGUCGAACUGAAGGUCUUCCUGGACUCCAAUCCUUCUCCCAACAGUGAGUGUUACAAUAUCAACUGGACUCCCCUUCACUGCCAGCUGAAAGUAAAGGAUUACUUUUCCAUGGUAAACGUCUCCUGGUAUGGAGGAGCCAGUGUCAGUAGUCAGCAUUGGCCUCUGAACAGUGUGAACAUCAAGUCCCAACCGUUCACUAUCAGUAAUCUUAGUAAAAGCCCAAAUGCUUAUGGCUCCGUCUUAGAAAGAUAUUUUUUGGGAUCUACUGGAGUAACCGUGAUGAUGGUUUCAAAUACACCAAUCUCUCUCUCAGUGGAGAGAAACAGACAUUUUUCCCUUGAAAAUAUUCCUGGCCCAGACAUGGCUGUCCUGCAGUACACUGUGUGCAUGAGUCAAAACAUCACAUCUGCUCAUCAGGAACUGGUAAGAAGUCGACUUCCGAGACAACAACGAAGGUUGCCAGAUACAGACAUACUUAGGUUGCCAGUCUGGAGAUAUUAUGGUAUAGCUGAUUCUGUGGCUCAUAUGGAGCGAGGACUGAGGUCUUUCUACAAUAAACUUCAAACACAUAAUUUUGGGGAGGGCAUAAUUGCUCUCAGUGAAGAGUCUACAAUGCUAUUUCGAAAUAUGGAUCACAUCUAUUUAUCUCUGCUAAGAAGAAAAAGGCUGCAUGCACUGAGAUUUAUCAUGAACAACUUCCGUAUGAAACCACUAAAACUUUCCAUCACUCUGUCCCCUUAUACAAGCAUCAACUCACCAAUUUUCCAAAGGUCCCUGCAAGAAGGGAAAGAAGAAUUUUGGUUGAGCCGCCAUUCUGAAUCUGGUGACUAUUCGGUGCCACUCCUCACCAAAUGGAAAGGGCAGUUUUCAGCCUGCCUGAAUGUAACCAGUCAGGCUGCAGUGCUCUGGUACCUGGGCCAGGUGAAGCUCCUGAAGCAGCAACUGGGAGCAAAGUAUGUGGUUUUUGAAGGUAGUGAAGGCAACAUAUUUAUGGACCAAGGGAUCCCACCUCCUGCAGAACUCAGAGGGGAUAAGUACAUCCGUAUUUUGGCCUCAAUAGCAACAAUGUUGGGAAAUUCAUCAAUAAUCACUGGUGGUACAAGAUCCAGCCACCUGCCACUCUUUUUCCAAAUGAAUCCACGACAAUCUGACUGGACUUACACUGGUUUGAAAGGGAUUAUUCCAUCUGUGCUUCAUUAUAGUCUUCUUGGUUAUAACUUUUUCAUUCCAGAUGCAAUAGGUGGAACACUUUCAGCUGAAUUUCUGACCGAUGAAGAGCUAUAUAUUAGAUGGCUCCAAAUUGUCACCUUUCUUCCAGUUAUGUCUUUCAGGACUCCACCAUGGGUCUGUUGUGGUGAUUGGGUGUUGAACCUCACCAGGUAUUAUAUUCAGAGACACCAGAAUUUUGUGGUUCCACUCAUUGAGAAGUACAGCAAGGAAUGGCUAUCUAGGGGGGAUCCAAUUUUUCGACCCACCUGGUGGCUCAGCCCCACUGAGCCAGUUGCCUUUACCAUUGAUAACCAGUUUCUCAUAGGCGAGGAGGUUCUUGUUGCUCCAGUAACUGAACAAGGGCAAUUCCAGAGGGACAUCUACCUACCUAGAGAAGGUCAGAAAUGGAUGGAUACCAACACUGCCCAGGUGUUUGAUGGGGGAACCUUCCUCAGGAAUUAUUAG